AUGCUGGAACAGUUCUACAACCGUGUGUCUCCAAAGUUACAGAUCUGGGUAAGAGACCUGAGUAUAGACACCCGGAACCGGGUCACCGGCCACCACAAGCUUCCAGAGAACUGGGCAGACACUAAAGAUAACUUGUCGGAAGGGAUAGUCUUUCAUCUGAAAUACCUGGGCAUGACACUAGUAGAGAAACCUAAAGGGGAAGAUAUGGCUGCAGCUGCCAUCCGUAGGAUUAUAACUAUGGCGCGUGUUGGUGCUAAGAAGUUUCAGAAGGUGGUUGUGACUGUGACCCCUCGUGGAAUCUCCUUGCAGGAUGCGGCCACAGGGCAGUUGAUAGAAAACGUGUCAAUUUACAGGAUUUCGUACUGUACGACGGAUAAAGUCCAGAAUAAAGUGUUUGCCUACGUAGCCCAGAACCAGAGCAAUGGGACCUUGGAGUGUCAUGCCUUCCUGUCCCCCAAAAAGAAGAUGGCCCAGGAAGUCACUCUCACAGUGGCGCAGGCGUUUAAAGUCGCUCUGGAUUUAUGGGAAUCUGGCAAUCACGGAUCUACAGCAGUUUGUGUAGGAGACAAACAGUCGUCCUCUAUCGAGACUGAUGAUCUUCUACAGCAGGGCAUGCAUUCUGGACAUGUACCACAACCAGGGGAGGAGGAGGACGACGAUGAGUUUGACGAUCUAGAUGAAAACUUUUCCAGCUGCUUUAUGGUGGACGGUGCUGAUUCCACUGAUUCAUCAAGCCCGUCAUGUAGAAGCAGUGUUCUCCAGACUCCGUGACAUCAAAUGGUUGACCUUGUAGUGUGCAAGGAGAGUGUCCUGUUACCUUCACAUGUGAACGACAGUACAGUUACCUGAACACUUACAAAUCUGCUGCUUGCCCACCCAUCUCUACACAUUCUUUCUAUUUUUUAUUUAUUUAUUUAUUUAUUACUGUAAAGGAGACAGAUUUCUUUGUUCAAUAUGUUGAUGUUGUCUAUCUUUGAGAGUUUUAUUAAAGGACUGUUUGUCAUCA